AUGUUUGUGUUCUCCAAGCCUCAGAUACGUCAGUUGCUUGGUCGCUCACUGGCCGAGGACGGUGACCUGCUGGACCUGGGCGCUGGUGACGGUCUCAUCACACAGAACCUCGCAGGCUUCUUCUCCAGAGUGUACGUGACGGAGGUGUCGCGACCCAUGAGGUGGGCGCUCAAGAAACGAGGAUUUCAAGUGCUGGAGAUAGACGAUUGGGAGAACCACAAGUUCGACGUUAUUUCCUGCCUGAAUCUCCUCGACCGGUGUGACCGGCCUUACAAGAUCCUACGGCAGAUCCGGCAAAGUCUGAAGCCAAACGGAAAAGCUAUCUUCGCCUUAGUUCUACCAUUCCAGCCUUAUGUUGAAUCAAGUGGAAAAGGAAACCAACCCCACGAGAUCUUGCCAAUCCAGGGACUGACUUUGGAGCAGCAAGCAGCCAGCGUAGUCAGCAAUGUGCUUGAGCCUGCAGGCUUUACUGUACUGAGAUGGACAAGACUGCCCUACCUCUGUGAGGGAGAUGUCAACCAGGCGUAUUACUGGCUAGACGAUGUUGUGUUCAUCACUAAACUAGCCUGCAGGCAUUACUGUACUGAGAUGGACAAGACUGCCCUACCUGUGUGA